AUGUCAAACGAAGUUCAAAAAUUGAGGAACGAAUUAGUUGUUGAAUUUCCGGGAAGAACGCGUCAAAUUGAUACCUUAAUAAAUUUGUUUGGAGAGCCUAUGGAAAAAACUCCACCUUCAAUUUUUAUACAUGGAAAUAGAGCAUUGGGUAAAACCGAAAUUGUAAAGAAUCUAUUCAAGAGAGGAUUUCCCACGCACCACUAUUCGUUCCUCAACUGUAAAUUAUACUUCCAACUCGAUGAUAUAUUUGAAGUUUCUUUAAAACAUUUAUCUGGUAAAAAACAUAAAUGUAAAAAUGUUGAUGAAUAUGCUACAAUAUUACAAGAGAUAUGCGAAACUGCUGAGGAAACUAGAUACAUGAUAUUCGACAAUGCGGAAUUGCUAUGGAAUCUUUCUCAAACUUUGGUGUCUAUUAUCUUAAAUCUCCCACAGUGGGUUUUUUCGGAUUCUUGUGAUCUAAUUGAUUUGUUUCGCAUCAUACCAGAUAUUUAUCAAAAAUUUAUUCAGCCAAUAAAUGAGGGAAGAGUAUCAAUUAAUGAUUAUUCACUCUUAUUCGACGAAUUAAAGCCAUAUUUAGAAUCUGCAUUGGACAAUUUAUAUUCACAAUACAUAACACCAUUAAUAGAAAACCAAAUACCUACAUGGUCAAUAUAUUUGUUAAUUGCUGCAUUUCUUGCAUCUUAUAUUCCACAAAGUCUUGAUAAACGUCUUUUCUCAAGAGAAUAUGAAAAACGCAAACACACCCGAAAAGGAAGGAAAAAAGUAUCUAAUGCAUUAAAGUUCAAUGAACAAUUCACAGGACCUCAAGCAAGUGAAAUGGAACGUAUUUUCGCUAUAUUUCAAAGCAUUCAUCAAGAUUCAGUCGUUCCUUAUAUACUUCUUUUACAACAGACUGAGACAUUUGUUGCUUCUCGUGUUUUUACUCGUACAACUCCAGUAGAACGUAAAGAUGUUCAAUCGUUUAGAUGUAAUCUUAGUUAUAAUUAUAUUAAACAAAUUUCUAGGUUUAUUAAUUUUGAUAUUCUUAGAUAUUUAGAUGAUACUUUAUAA